AUGGAAACGGGGUGCGCGUGCUCAAGUCGGAGCUGUGCUUGCACACGGAUCGGAACUCCAGAUGGAGCGUCAGCUCUCCGGUCAAGGACAAGGACACGGGCAAUCGGGCUGCAGCCCUCACUGUCCCUAGUCUCCAGCUUGGUCCCCUUUGCGGUGCAGGCCGGGGUCGGCGUUUCAGCACCUUCCCCUCUCCCGUUGCAGACCAGGAGCAAGAGCAGUUCGAAGAGCAUUUUGCAGUCUCCUCAGUGGGUGAGAUGUGGGAGGUGGUGGACAUGGCCCAGCAAGAGGACAAGACAUCGGAGAACGCAGCUCUCCGCGACCACCUCGUUGACCUGGCCUUCUGCUUCAAUCUGGCCAGCAUCGUGGUUUUUUUAUGAGGGACGUUGAGGCUGAGGUGGCGGCCUGGCUCCUGGACGAGGGCCUGGAUAGCUACCUCCACUUCGUGAUCGCUUACUGACCCUCUCUUCCCUGGGCUCCAGGUCUCUAUUCUCAAGGGAGACGUACACACGGCUUCCUGCCCCUUGCCAGUGCCCCUUUACCUCAGGACGCAGCAGCAGAGGACCCCGGCGCUGGUUUUCAGCUGCCCAUCGGCACUGCCCCCUGCCUCCCCACGCUCUGAGCGCCAUCUCCCCAGGCCAGAGCCCAGGGACCCCAGCCCUUCUCCCUCCCAUGCCCCUCCUGGCUUUGUUCAGU